AUGACCGUUCUUGGUUUUGCCAGCCCCGUUGUGAAUUUAAGUCAACUCUUUCCCGCCUCUACUUCAAUUGCUCAUCUGUACGAGCAUCCAUCUUUCAACUCAAUUCUACAAUCCGUAUUGAAUAGGUCAUCAACGAAAACCUUUUCAGUCAUAAUGAAGCUGUCACUCAUUCUCUCCGGUCUCUAUGCUGCUGGCUUCGUCACAGCCAUCACGAAGACCUGUCAACCUUUCACCCUGCACUCCAAGGGAACGGCCUGCACAAACGACGCUGGCGCUUGCAUCAUGGGCUCAUGCAAGGAUAAGUUCCUGUGGCUCAGGUGCACUUGCCCCGACGACCACCCUCACGUUGGUUGUACCUCUACUUGCGGUUGA